GUCUCAAUCGUUUCCUCUGCAUCUUCACAGCAUAAGUACCAUGAAGUUGCUGGUGGUUUGUGUGAUUUUCUUGGCUGUUUCUGUCUAUGGAGCCAGUAUUUUAGAUUACCUGACAGUGAGUGCUGAGAACCGCGAGGAUGAUACUGAAAGUGACAAUGAGAAAAGCUGCGAAUGCGAGGGUUUUUCCUGCUCGUGCUGCGUCGACUUCAACAUGUCCCUGAUUGACCUAGGAGGUCCAGGCUGCGUCAGACUCACCUACAUCUCCCCGCAGGAAGGUAUCGGCAUCAACGUCUCCUACGGAGACAGUCUCCUGCACUCCAACGUGGUCAGAGGCACAAAACCCGAACCCACAUGCCUCAACAUCUUCGCCAAAUUGGCUUCGAUGUGCGCCAAAUUCACAGAAUUCGUCCCCACGGCCGAAGGGAUGCGAGCCUGUGUCCAGAUGGAACCCAAUCUUCUGGGUGAGGCGCAGCUUGAACUUCCCAUUGGAUGCUUCCUCAUGACUUCGCAGGGCAUGGAAGUGAUUGAGGAGGAGGAAGAAGGAUCGGAGAAAAAAGACGAAGAAGAAGAUAAGAAAGAAGAUUCCCCAGAGAAACCCCCAGAAGAUGCUCCUUCAUCAACCCAAAAACCCGAAACCAUCAUCGGUGACCUCACAGCUGAAGACAUCCUCAAUGUCGUCAGUGAAUCUGCAGACAAGGGAAUCUCCAUGAUUUCCAGCUGGCUCGGACUCAACCUCGAAGAAACCAAAAACGACACAGAGACGAGCUCAGCUGCCCCCACGGAAGCCCAGGAGUGAUUGAAAAAUGCAAUAAAUUUUAGUGUCUUACAGUUUAUUUAUUCUGGAAUCAA